AAUUUCUAUUUGACCCACGUGGCCUGUGUUCUCGACUUAUUGCUAUUUCGUGCUGUUGCACAUAUUGUGUGUGCUCUUUUACAUUGUGUUGUUUUGAGAGACUUUAUCUCUCUAUUGUAAUCCAAGUUUAGGUUUACUAUUGUGGAUUAUUACUAUGUCAGAUUAUACCGAUUCAAGGAUUAUUCUGCUAACUUUGGAAUUACUACGGUAACGCCGAAAAGACAUCUAUAAAGGACUGUCUACAAACUACUACUUCAAAGCAGUAGAAGCACCAAGAGCAAAGAAGACUUCAACCGAAUACUGAUAAAAGUGGACUGAAUACUGAAAAAUUUGAAGGUAUAGCAAAAUGGAAUUUGGAAGAUAUGUGUAUCAAAGUAUUUUUCAGUUAGUGGUAAUAUCCAUUCUACAACAUGCUAUUGACGUUACCGGCGUAAAUACAACAUCCCGACGAAUGAUAUAUUACUUGUAUACAGUACCACGAACAUGGAACGAAGCUAAAAUAUUAUGUAAUAACCAAGAUGCUACACUGCUUCUUUUAAAAAAUGAAGAUACAGAAAUGCAAUUAAAAUAUUUAGAUGAAAUAUCAGAAUGGAAUGGCAACUUUACCACAAUGUUGACAGCGGAACCGUUUUGGAUUGGGCUAUAUGAGGAUAACUCAACUUAUUAUUGGGAAGGUUGUAAUCCUCUAGGUAAUUGGUCGUUUUGGAGUGCUGUUACAUCUCAGCCAGGAGAUAUGUGUGUUUCUAUAGACCUUAACUUCAGUGGUAUGUCGUCACCAUGUCACACUAAGCGUAACUUUAUUUGUCAAAGAGACGAAGGAGAAUGUUGGUUUGAUCCCGUGCCAUAUAACACUACAACCGAUGGAAUCAGAUCAGCUAAGAUAAAUGUUACAGAUGAAGCCGAUUGUGCUACACGCUGUCGAAGCGCUUUUAAAUAUGACGCCGAAUGCUGGGCCUUUUCCUUCAACUAUGUGACCUCAGAUUGUUACUUACAUUAUCACAACGACACUUUGGCAUAUAUUCGACCCAGCAGAGUUCUAAAUCCUGAUCAAAAUAUGAUUUUCUACACUAAAAUGUGUUUAGAUGGUAUAACACGAGUUGAUAACCGAUCACUGUCACAAGAUAGUACAACGCCUUUGAUGAGUUCAUGUAAUGGAGUAACACCAUCCGAUGAUUCAGUAUAUGAUACUGAUGUAUGUUACUGUGGCUGUGAAGCACCACCAACUAUAUUUGAUCCAGAACUCGAGGCCUUGACCAUAGGUGAUAAGGUUGAGGCAAUCCACAAAGAACUGACCGUGGAUACCAAAAACAUUUCCUCGUCCGUUAGGAAACUUGUUAGUGCCACAGACAAUCGACCCAGUGCUGUUAGUAUCGGUUAUGUUAGUGUAUUCUUUAUGGCUCUUGUAUUCGGUGGUAUAGUUCUUCUGGAUAUAAAUGUGCUAGUAUCUGCUAUAAAAGAUCUCUACAGGAGCUUCACCAACAAGAAUGACGACAUGUCGUCGAAGGAAAGCAACAUGUGAAGUGUAGUAUUGAUGGAUUUAUCUGAAGUUAUUAAUUUAAAUACCUUUUCUUCACCCAUUAUUGAUAUACAUGUACAUAUAAAUAAUUUGAAUUCCGUUCAUUUUACAAGCUUCAUGAUUUUAAUACAAAAUUGACAACACUAUUUUUCAAUAGAGCACACUUUUCAUUUGGGAUAUAUUAUACAUAUUUAUUCCCACCAAAUGUUUGUUUUUGUGACCAAAUAUGCUUUGGGCAAAUUGCAGUCCAUUCAGCCUCCCCACAGCUAGAAUUCCAAUCGCUUUACAGGCUACAAUAUUAUUAACAAAACUUUCUUUUUUGAAAAAAAAAAUAAUAUUAAAAAAUUCGGGAUUGACCAUUAGUAGUCCAUACCAUAUUGGUGGAUUGACAGACAGGUAUCAUUUACUGAAGCACUGUAUGCAAAGGUUUUAAACCCGCUUGGGGUGUUCAACCUGCCAUUUAGUUCUGUUGUAUCCCAACUCUUCGUCUUGUGUACACCAAGCUGACUGUAUGUUUUAUUGGUCUACAUAAUAUCUUCUUUCAAGAGAUGUUUGAUUACCCGUAGGGGAAACGGGGUGAGAAAUGUAAGACGUAGCGUGUAUUGUCAGGGUUUUUGUUUACAGACUGGUAUUUCAGCAACUGUGUAUAAAAUCGUACGAAAAAGUUGACUGAAUUUUUUACGAAAUUGUACAUGCCUAUACAAGGGGGAUAUCCUCCAUAAAUCCGUUCUUAUUGUUGUAAAAUUUGUGAAUUUUGAGACAUCUUUAUUUUUUUUAUUAAUACGUUUUAUUUGAAACUAAAUAAUUUGCACAUGCCUUUUAAAUGGAGAUUUCCGAUUCUAAGCUGUUUGUGAUAACGACAUUGUUUAAAUCCUGUUUAUUGUAAAUCCGUCCUUAAUCAAGUUAAUGUUGCAAAGUUUUAUAACGUAAAGUUUUCGGUAAUUAUAUUAUGCAUAAUGUUCACGUUUUAUUUAAAACUUAAAGAUACAUUAUGGGAGAUAAGAUAAAGAGAUGGCAGUUCUCACUAUAAUAGUUAAAAGCUAGAUAAUGUAAAGGCAAUUUGCUGAAAAUUUCAGUCAAAUUGAUCUACUAUGAACCGAGAAUUAAACGAUUGAAAUUUCGGCCUAGCCUCCAUCGUCAUUACCAAAGUCUGUACGAUAAAAACAUAGUCUCGAUCAUCCAUUUGAUGAUUUAAUUAUGAAUGGAAGUCGAGCAGCAAAUUGGAUCAUAAUCCAAUAAAUAUCGCAUGCUAGCGAUGCCAUCGAGAGUUGAUUAUGGUCUGGAUAAGUUAAUUAAUGUCUAGUUAAUAAUUUAGAUAACAUUUCAGGCCUAAAGAAAGACCUGCAAUUGGCAGAUUUAGCUCUUGCAUAAUCUAUGUUUAAUAAAUAUUACAUGUCAAUAAAAGAGGAGUAUCCCAUAUUUUUUCAAUAUCUCUUUUAUAUUCACAGUUGCACAUUUUAUUGACAUUUUAAGAAGGAUAAAUGAUAUUUGUUAGUUUUAAUGUCUGUAAUUUGGAGAUAACUUGUAGUUUUUCGUCAUUUACGAUGCAUACUAUUGUACGUUUCAUUUAAUACUGAAUACAUUUAAAUGUCUGUAAAAGGGUGACAUUCUACACAUGUCGGCCCAUAAUUUCAUCAAUAUGGGACCUUCGAAAUAACUUAUAUUUAUGGGUAAUUUUAUUAUGCAUACUGCUGAACGUUUUAUUUAAAAGUGAAUAAAUUUUGAGAUAACUUA